AUGAAUAGCAAGUUCCUUUUGGUUUUACUACUCACGGAAAUUCUUAACUGUGAAGUACAAUAUUUCAAUGCCAACCCGUACGACUAUUUAGAACUAGCCUUAAGGUGGCCAAACUCCUAUUGCUUAACACAUGAAGAUGGUUGCAUGGAUAUAGUGCCCCAAUAUUUCACUAUUAGCUACUUUCGUCCCAGGAAAAUGGGAGGGCCUGAUCUACAAUAUUGUCGCACUCCAAUUACUCUGUCAAAUAGCAUUAUUGAGACAAACAAAUAUGACCUACUUAGAUUCUGGCCUGAUCUGACAACUGACAAUUUUAUAGAGAGCAAGUUAUUAUGGAGGGACCAAUGGAAAAAAUUUGGAUCCUGCUGUUAUAUGAUGCCAGAUGAUUAUAUUGUUUAUGCACUCAACAAUAGAAACAGAUACGAUCUAAAGAGAAUCUUGACAAGUGCAGGUAUUGUUGCCAAUGGAAAUUCAUAUCCAACGUAUAGGAUACUACAAACUUUCAAGAAAACUCUAGGUUUGAAUGUGAGCAUAGUUUGUGAGUCAGAUAGAAGUGGCAAUGUUUACCUUGCAGAGGUGCAUCAAUGUGUAGACAUCUCGGGAACAAUGCCUAUAAAUUGUGACAACAAUGCAAAAGGAUGUGACGAUGACCCCAUCUUUCCCUAUAUGGGAUUUCAACCAGAUAAAGAUCCCAAGUAA